AUGUUACCUUCUAUUCCUAGUCAUAAUUCAGUAAACGGAUUCCCAAGCUUAUCUUCCGCUAAUUUAGCAAACCAGUUCAAAUCGCAGCAAGAUCAACCAUCCAACGGUAAUGACUUCUCAGGUAGUAAGAUAAUAAAAUGUAGUUUCGAUUCAAGAUCUACAACAGUGGUGUUCAUCACAGACAACUCUCCAAACGGGAAACCUUUCAAGAUAUCAUACAACAAUAUCUUCUUAAGGGACUCAUCGCGCUCAUCGAACUCCAUCGAUCCCGCAACAGGUGCUAAACUUAUCACUACGGGUGAGAUUCUAAUCAAUCCAAUCCAUUCAAUCCCAUCAAAGAUGGCGGUUUCCAAGGACAGGAAGUUUUUGGAAGUCUUGUGGUCAGAUGGCGAUUUCUAUGCUUAUCCAUUAUCAUUCUUAUAUCGUUACAAAGGUACAAAUUUGCAUACAAAAUCAUUACGUUACAAAUUUAUUAAUAAAUUUAAAUUGGUAAUAUGGAAUAAUUGUAAUUAUGAAAAUCUUCAAUUGACAAAACAGGACUUUGCAACCGAUGACUUCAAAUUGUAUAAAGGGUUAAUUCAUCUACAAAAAUUCGGUAUAAUUGUGGUUAAUGACACGCCAGAUUUACCGAGAGUAGCACAUAGAAUUGGUCCAGUUACUAAUACUAUUCAUGGGAGUUUUUUUAAUCAGGUAGAGUCAAAAAAACUACAUAUGGAUUUACAAUACAUUGAACAUGUUCCUGGUUUGAAAAUAAUGAAAGUAAUGGAGAACACUGAAUUUACAUUUGUGGAUACCUUCCACAUCACUGGGAUGAUAAAAGAAAUCGAUGCAGAGGCAUAUGAUGCCCUAUUACGUGUACCAAUCAAUUACUCCUAUGAACUUGACGACCAUCGUUACUACCAAUCAAGACCCUUGAUACAGACAUACUCAUCGAAUGAACACAACGUUCAGACAUACGAAUAUUUGAUCAAGAAUGUCAAUUAUUGUCCCAUGUGGCAAGCACCUUUCACAUUCGGAAUAUACAAUAAACUGUCGAUGGAUUUCUACCAUCACGAUUGCAACCUGACAUUACCUUCGAAGGCAGUCGAAAGAUUCAGAUUCAAAGAUUUCCUAAGAGGCCUCGAAUUGUUCGAGAGAUUGAUGGUAGAUCCUGCCAACCAAGUGAAAUUGCAACUACCGAAGAAUACCACGGUCUUGCUCAACAACAGAAGAAUAGCACAUGCCGCGGCACAAGAAGACUGUAACGUUGGUGUCUGCUUUCUUGAUAUCGACCACUUCAAGAGUAAGUUGAAAUAUCUUGAAGAGAAGUUCAAAUAA